GAACACCCCUGUGCCAAGGCCGUUUGGUUGAGCUGUUGUGCCAAGGUGUGCCCGUAAACUCUGCGUCACGGUGUGAAAACUCAAAAACUCAAGGGAACAGAGCCACGUAUCCAGUAGAAUAUCGUUUGGUUGAGCUGUUGUGCCAAGGUGUGCCCGUAAACUCUGCGUCACGGUGUGAAAACUCAAAAACUCAAGGGAACAGAGCCACGUAUCCAGUAGAAUAUCGAUUCAAUGUGUAUGUUUUGUGUGUGAAGCUCUCCUUUGAGUUAUUAUGGUAUUUCAAGUGAUUGAAAAGUGAGUAUUAAACACCAUUGGUUUGCAUGGAGGGGAACCACGUUUAGUCAUUCUCGAUGGAUUAUUAGUGACUCAUUUGCUCAUUCUGAAGAUAAAACUGUAACGCAACAAUUCAUCUGAUAAAGGCAGACACAUUUUGUAUGUACAAUUACUAUGGCGGACGUAAACUUAAUGUUAACUUGUAAACAUUGAUGGAACACCUGCUGUUAUAUCAACGGACACAGGGCUACCGGAAUGUGCGGAAAUCAUUCUUGGUUUAUAGUUUAUUGGAACCAAUGACAGGAACAUUCAGUCACCGGAAUACGCAGAUGAUUCCAAUCAAGUUUACAGCUACUAGUAUUACGCAGGUCGUCAGCAACAUUGCAGCUACCGGUGUUACGCAGAAAGCAUUGAACAGGUGGCUACAUUCAGCUACUGGAUUACGCACGGCAUCGCUCCUUGGCCGUGGACCUCAAACGUCUGUAUAUACAGUUCAGUAUGUUGUACCUCCACGGUAAUACUGGAUUACACAACGCUACACUAAAAAUUCAAACUUCUUAAAAUUGAUUUUGGCUACUUAAUUGUUGUGUUGUCCCUCCCACCAAUAUUGACUGGCUACCUUGGCCAACCCAAAAAGAUACAGCAAACGGCCGUGGAAUAUCGGCCCUAGCCAAAAAACUUGUUGUUGGUAAUCGAAACGUCAGGGACAAUAUAAUUUUCUCAAACAUGAAAAGGACAGGUCAGAUGAACGUGAUGUGGACUUUUGUGGCUUGCUUGCUGACCACAGUACGUACCCGGUCUGUUGCUUACAUGGACAUGCAAACACGGUCUGCAAACUUCACAGGCUGUGGCGACACGAUCGAGGGCACACUAUCAGGUCAGGUGUUCUCCUCCAUACCUCGUUUCUCGCCCGACCUCAACUGCAGCCUGGCCCUGUUCUCACCACCGGGCACCAGACUAAGUCUUACCGUUAACGAAGUCAAACUUACAAACCUCAACGUGAACACGUGCGGAGGCGGAAAUCGGCUGAUGUUUCUAGGGAGCAACACUGAGGGCGCUAUGUCACUUUUACCCACCUUCCCCCACGGUUUAUGUGGCCUCGUCAAACCCAGCCAACCCAUUGAGUCAACUGGCAACCAAGUGUUUCUAACGCUGAGAUCUGUUCAGUCUCGAGAAGAUAGUGCCUUUUCUAUAAGUUAUACAGCAUUCAAAACAGAACCCGAUGGGUCUUGCUAUGAGUGUGACGUCAGUGGGACUCGCGAUACGCAGUUCUGCAUUGACAAGAGUCUGGUGUGCGACGGAGAGCAGAACUGCCCCAGUGCUUCUUACUCGGAGGAGGGCGAUCCCAGAUGUUUAGCCAGUACACCAAGUCCCGCGGGGAGCAGCUUGGGGAUCACCGUGAUCGUCAUCAUUGUCAUCUUGAUGGUGGUGCUCCUCGCGAUCAUCAUCUUCACUAUUCUAGCCCUCAUGGCGAAAAGGGUUCGCUCCAAGCGGGCCCGAGAAAGCAGCGUGCGGCGCCCUCAUCGGUCCAGUCAAUCCAGAUCAAGGAACACGUCACAAGAGGGCGGCGGGCCCCCACGACAACAACAUCAGCGUCGACCGACUCCAGAUUCAAGUCACCCGGGUAGGGGUGCCCCGAUGUUCACUUCAGAGGGAGAUCAGUACACCGAUCUUGAGUUUACCGAGAGGGCAGUAGACUACCCGAGGGACCCCCAUCCACCGGUUAUUAUGAACCCAGCUGGGGCGCCCCCACCGUACUCAACUCUACCCAGACCGUUUGAGGAAUCCUUGCAGAUGGCUGACGGUACAACACCUACAUCGAGAUCACGUCUGGCCAGCAUUAACAAUGACUUAGAAAAUCAUUGACAUGUGGAAAACUUUGUAGGAAUUAGCCCCUUGUGAAAGUUACUAUUUACAUGAACGCAAACAAGUUCGUGUAUGUAUGCAACCUUGGACGUCCUAAUCUCCCUCUUUUGUUUAUAGAGGCCUACUCAAACUUUUUUUGCAACAGCUCCCAUUGGUUUUGUACACGUUUUCCAACCGGGGACCUUUACCGAACCGUUGACCGUAUCUUCUUUUGUUAUUGGGCCCCGGCUUGAAUGUGUACAACUAUACAUGUUCACCAGACACUUUGGCUGAUAAACGUGCACUAGGAAGACGCACAAACGCGUAUGCGUCACUUACACCAUCAGACCCAAACACAAAAGGCUUGAUGUCCACCAUGUUUGCUCAAACCACACGCGAUGUGCAAUUUGCAUAUUUCAUGGGAAUGUUUUAUUGUCUUGAGUAUCACCUGUAAUAAUUGAAUGACAACGCUGCCUGCCCCAAAGUUGCCGAAACAUAAAAAAGGGAAGUACUUUUAAAUAAAGGAAAAUAAAACAACAAAAGGUAUUUAUCUCUCAGUCCCUACUGGGAGACUUUGAACACUAGGUGGCAGCAGGCUUACCAGGUUAAUUUGAGCAUGCACACAUUACCGAGAUGGAAUGACGCGGUAAGUACGCUGCUGCCAUGUCCCAAAAUGUUUAACAUGAUUGCAUAAGAAAUUAUCAAAAUAAGCUUAAUAUAAUAUUGAUAAGUAGCAACAAAUCUUUAUUUGGUUUAUUCAUUUAUGCAAAACAAAUCCCUGUUUAAAAAGCCGCCUUUGAAUAAUUUUAUAGCAAAUUUAAAAGAAGCCUUUAAUAAUAUAUGAAAUCAUUUUAUUUUUAAAGGAACACGUUGCCUAGUAUCGGCCGAGUUGGUCUUUGAAAAGCGUUUAUUA